GCGAAUCAUUUUGACAGCUGUCAAAAAUCGGGGUAGCGAAUUUUCCGUGGUGCGACUUUCCUCGAAAACUCCAACCAACUGGAAACGAGACGAAAAAAAAAUUAAUAAAUUAAGUAUAAAAGAUAACAAUGAGCGAAUUGGUUUGGGGUAUUAAAAACGGGGACUUGGAUCAAGUAAAGGAUAUCGUGGAGAAAAAGGCUGUAAAUAUAAACGCGGAUAUCGAUGGGCGCCCCCCGAUUUUAUACGCAGCCGAUUAUGGUCAAACCGAUGUGAUUGAGUACCUUAUUAAUAAUGGUGCUAAUGUGAAUGCUAAAGAUAAACAUGGAAUAACCGCUUUAUUAGCUGCUAUAUGGGAAGGACAUAAAGAUUGUGUUAAAUUAUUAUUGGCAAAGGGUGCUACCAAAGAAGGUGUUGCUCCUGAUGGUAAAAACUACAUAGAUUCAGCAGAAAACAAUGAAAUUAAACAACUGCUCAUUGCUUAAAAUUAUUUUCGUAAUCAAAUCUUUGUGAAAAACGAAUGAAAUCAUCCCAAAAUCACUUAUUUUUGUUGUUUUAAAAAUAAUUAAUAAAAAGAAAAGAGCAGUAUUAAAUAAAUAAAAAAUUGGGGAUGAUUUCAUUUCAACUUAUUAUAUAAAAAAGAUAACGAAGCAUUUCUGAACGUUUCCUUCCAAGUUAAAAAUGAACGCUGGUGGUUAUUUAAACAACAAAAAAAUGAACAAAAACGAACGAAAACUUUACAAAAAAAAAUAAUAAUAAAUAAAUUAAUAAAAAUAUUGUAUUAAAAUUAAAAAUGUAAAAGUUUAUAAAGUGUAAUAAUGAAACUUGAGGAGAAAUGGUAAAUAAAUAUAAAAAAUCCUCUGGUAGUAACUUUUUAUAUUUUUGCUAAUUUGUGAAAGAAGCUAAUUGUUCUAAAAAUAAAUAAACGAACAAUUUUUAUUUUAUAGGUUAUUAAUUAGGGUACUUAUAGCGUUUAAGAUCUGUAUUUUUUAAUUAAAAAUUAUAAAAAUAAAAAAUCAUAAACGUCAAA